UGUCAUGUCAACUGUCAACUGUCAAAAGUUUAAAUUUUAAAUUAAAUUUAAUAUUUUUAUUUGAAUAUAAAUUAGCAGAAAAGCACAUAAAUCUUGUAAGAUUUCAUUAAUAAUUUAAAUUUAGAUCAUAGUGUUUUUCUUAAUAAAUAAAUUAAUUUUUUAACCAAUUAAUUGCAAUCGUAGCAAGCCGCCGUGACUUUAUAGGUUAGGUUAGUGUUUUGAACACGUAAAGCUUUAAAGUAAAGAAAAGCCAAGAUAUGCGCGGUAAAUUCCGAGGAGGACGUGGUCGUGGAAAUCGUGGGCGGGGAUUUUGGCCUCGCGGCGGUAAUUCCCGCGGUUUUGAGGGUCCUUGGAACAGACCGAUCUUCGGGAGACCGGAGCAAAAUCAACAGUGGCUUCAGCGAAAACGAGUGAAUGUCAAUGCUCCCAGUAAGCGUCUCUCUGAGCAAGCCAUAGGAGUCACCGAGUAUAUUAACGACCAUGAAGGUUUCAAUGGAAUCAUAAAGGCCAGAUUUUCAGAUUUCCAAGUGUCAGAAAUAAAUGAAAAAGGCAAGGUGGCAAAAUUGACUGAUCUCUCAACACCUGAAGUGCCAACUGUUGAUGAUGCAGUGGACGAUGAGGAUCUGUUGCUCAACAAGUAUAACCCAGAGAUUUUGCCCAUGGAGACCUGGGACAGAAUCAACAAAGUUGCUAUAUCUACAAAUGCUGAACAUGUGGAGAAAGUACAAGUUGAUGUGACAGGAAUGACGAAAGAACAGAGAACCAAAAUACAUGACGCUGUCAAGAAAGCAUUUGGUGGCAGCAUUGUUGGUAGCACUAUCACCGUAGAAGACAAGAAGUAUGUCACUUUUGACAAAUAUCGGAAAGGAGUUCGCAUAGAUAAUAGGGUGAAGUGGGUGUGGCCGGCAGAGUAUGUCUACUUUAUAGUUUACAAAGAGAACUGUGACACUAUGGAGGCAGCGUCACGCAUCGGCGAGCGGUUAAGAAUGCAUGUAAGGCCUUCUCUACUCGGCUACGCGGGCACGAAGGAUCGUCGAGCGAAAACAACGCAGUGGUUCAGCCUCCGCAAGUUCGACCCGCGCAAGAUAUCCGCCGCAUGCUCCGACUUGCGCGACAUACGAGUGGGCAACUACAGCUUCAGCGACACCAACCUGUCGCUCGGCAUGCUGAAGGGCAACCAGUUCCGCAUCUGCCUGCGCAACGUGACGGCAGCCGACGAGUGCGUGGACGCGGCGUGCGAGCUGCUGCGCGAGCGCGGCUACAUCAACUACUACGGCCUGCAGCGCUUCGGCACGCGCGUCGACGUGCCCACUUACGUCAUCGGGAGGAAACUACUGCAGGGGAACUUUAGGGAAGCAAUAAGGUUUAUCCUGAGCAAGCGGCCGGGCCCCAUGGCGCACGCGCUGCACCUGUUCCACACGGUGAACGCGUACGCCGCGGCGCACGCCUUGCCGAGAGACGCGCCGCCCACCGAGGCGCGCCUGCUGCGGGCGCUGGCGCAGAACGAGAACGACCUCAUCGGCGCCAUGGACCAGGUGGCGCGCAACGCUCGCCUGUUGUACGUGCACUCGUACCAGUCCCUGAUCUGGAACCGCGUGGCGUCCGAGCGCCUCAAGCGGUUCGCCCGCCAGCCCGCGCCCGGCGACCUCGUGCCGCUCGCCGACGUCGAGGACGAUAGUUUACAAGAAGAUUCGGACGACGAAGAGAAUCAGAGCAACGCAGACCAAAAUGACGCCGAAAAGAAAACCACAGAGGAUAAACCGGACACGGACAAGAAAGAAGUCAAAGCCACAGACAAGAGACCCAAAUCCAAAACGAUGAUCCCGGUAAAAGUUUUAACCCAAGAGGAUUGCGACAGCGGCAGAUACAGUAUCUUCGACGUGGUGCUGCCGCUGCCGGGGUACAGCGUGCAGUACCCGCCCAACAUGGAGGACUACUACAAACAGCUGCUGACGAAAGAUGAACUCAAGUUAGACAUGAAACAUAAAUACAAGAGCUACAGCAUGUGCGGAGGGUACCGGCACAUAGCGGCGCGCCCCGCCGACAUGCAGUGGCGGAGCGUGCGCUACUCCGAGCCCUUCGCCGACCUGCUGCUGUCCGACGUGGACGAGCUGGAGGGGAGAACUACUACCGGCAUCAGACAAGAUGGCGAGUACAAGGCCGUCCUCCUCACGAUGUCCCUCCGGCCCAGCUCGUACGCCACCAUGGCGCUGCGGGAACUGCUGAAGGUCGACACCUCCGGCGACAGCCAAGCCUUGCAAAACAACUACUACAAGAAAAAGAAGGACGACAAAAACACGCCCGCAAAAAGCAAUGACCAAGCUGACCAAAAUCAUGACCAACCUGACAAAGAUCAUGAUCAAUCUGAUCAAAAUGAUGACCAAAGUGCUUCGGUAGAUGUCAACGAAGAGCCGUGCGAAGAAGAGGCUAAUGAAGAAGACAGUGGAGUGGAGAAAAGAAAGUUAGAUGAAGAAGAUGAAGGAGUAGAGGUUAAGAGAACUAAACAGAAUGAUAGUUAGAAUAAAACAAGUUUUUAUUUA